AUGGACUGGCUGAAGAAGAAGAAGGAGGCGGCGCAGCAGGCCGCGGCCAAGAUCUCCAACAAGCGCACGGCCUUCCGCGGCCAGGGCAACGUGCUGGGCGGCGGCGAUGACGCUUCUGCUGCUGCUGCGCCCGCCGCACCCGCGUCCCGAGGCCCCUCCAUCAAGCUCCCAUUUACCAGCAACAAGCCGCCGGCCCUGAGCGAGGAGGAGCAGCAGAAGCGGCGCGAGCUGCAGGCCAAGGCGCUGGAGCAGCGCGGCAACGCAUGGGAGAAGCGCGUGGCUAACGCGCGCAAGGUGCGACUUCAGCAGGAGGACGAGCGCGAGAACAAGUUCCUGGACGCGCCACCGACGUCCGCGUCGGAGGCGGCGGCGGCGCCGGCAGGUCCGCCGCCCGUCGUGCUCUCCAACGACGAAGUGAAGGCGCGCGAGCUGCAGAGCGCGCACCAACAGAUGGGCUUCAACCCGUACGCCGCGACGUUCUCGUCCUCGACGCAGGCGGUCACCGCCAUGAACGCCAUCAGCACAGGAGCUCCUCCGCCUCCGGCUCCUGCUGGCAACAGCAGUGUUAUGCCGCCUCCCGCGCCCUUCCCAGCGAUUCCUCAAGUCGCGGCACCUAAUGGUGCAAUGUCGGACUUGGAGGCAGCGGAGAACGGUGCUGUCUACGUGCUGCUGCGGCAAGACCCAGCACGCGCCAUCACAGCGGCGGAAACGCUCAUCAAGAUGUUGACGAACGUCGUGAAGAACCCGCAGGAGGAAAAGUUCCGCAAGGCUCGGCUCUCGAACGCAGCCAUCCAGUCCAAGCUGGUGGCUGUGCCCGGAGCUGUGGACAUUCUCGCUGAAGCCGGGUUUACCAGGAUGGAGCUCGACGGGGAAGUCUAUUUAAUGCUGACGGCCGAUGCGUUCCAGGCGGAGCGCGUGCAGUCCGCCAUCGACCGCACGGAGGUCGCGCUGAUUCAACUCCAGCACGAUUCUGCGUAGACAUAAAACGCAGCGAUACCGAGUCUCGUGAACAAGAUGGCAUUGCUGCU